AUGUAUGCAAAUCUCAUGCAUAUCAAAUAUAGCAACUUAAUUUGGACUUUAAAAAUUAUUUUAAAAGUAAUAAUUUACAAUUUGGUUAAAUGUAACAGUAGCAUGAAAGAAUUCUUUCAGCGUGAAGAACUAAAAGAACAGAAUGACGGAAAGAGGAUACAAGAAAACAAAAAUUUUAGAAUUCUAACCGUGAAGGAAAAAGAACUAAAUUGCGAAGAUGACAGGAAAAAAGGCGGCGGGCUAGAAAACACGAUACUUGGAUUCUGUGCUAUUUGUCUUGAAAAUAUAAAUUCUAAUGUUAGUCAGAAUGUUCCUUGUUCUAAUGAGCAUACUUUAUGUCAACGUUGUAUUCAACAUUUUGCACUUCAAUCAGAUCCUGGCUGCAUUCUUUGUUAUACACAGUGCCAACAAUCAAGCAUGAAUUUAUUGCAAGAAAGCAAUAUCAGCUUGAAUUCCACAUAUACACAUAUGAAAAAGAUGCAAAUUUCACAACAGGAAUCAGACUAUUAUUCAAAACAUCAUCAAAGAUUGCGGCAGUGCGAUCCUAUCAACAUUGAACAAUUAUAUACCAAAUCUUGGAAUCAGAAUUACUCUCAUAUGCUACAAAAUUUCGAUAGAAAUACAUUAACAUAUUACCAUAAUGAUUUUGAAGAUACUUCUGAUUAUGAACAAGUUAGAAACCAAAAUAAUAUGAGCGGAGAACGAAGUAGAAAUUGUGAUAAAGAAAAACAGCGACAAAGUUAUUGUAACUUAUUUAAAAGAAGAAAUGUAGAGUCAUAUAUGUUAGAAGCAAAAGUCAACGGACAAAUUACCGCAGAAUGUUCUCGUAGACCGAUCCGGUGCCCACGAAUUGAUUGUGCUAUAAAUGUAGCUUUCUCAGCAUUGACGCAUCAUUUUAUCUUUGAUCAUCCAGAGGUACCUAUCCUGAAUAUAGAACCAGGUAUCAAAAGUACACUCAUCGUCAGUUUUAGUGCCUUAUCUUCCAAUACUAGUCGGUGCCUGGCUCUUCUUUUAGUUUCUGGCAAACUUUCAGAACCUAUUGCAAAAUUAUUUAAUGGUAGUCAAAUCAACCCAAAAUAUCGAAAUCGUUUACCAUUAUCAGUGCUGGCUGCUCGGCUACAUUGUACAGACCAAUAUAUAUCUAACGAGAAAAUUAAUAAAAAAAAAGAUUUUCAUGAAAAAAAUAUAAUAAUCGCUUGGGUUGCUGGGCUGGAUAUUGGAAAUACAACAGACAAACUUUUAUGUAGUAUUCAGGCUGUGGACAAGAUUGAUAAUGAAGGCUUACGUUGCCUAACAUACACAGGUCCAGUGAAUUCAUUAAGAACAGCACAAUGUCCUCAAGACAUUUAUUCAACAGGUGAUUGUAUAGUUCUGCAUGAAGGUCUCCUCAGUCACAUUACAUCAGAUUGUGCUACACUUAAUGUUAAUGUUACUGUACAUUAAAUAUAUUACAAAAUUUACGUAUAUAUAUAAUUAAAUUCCAAUUUAUCCCCCCCCCUCCCCCAUUAACAUUAUUAAUGAUUAUACUUACACAGAGAAAAUUGUAUCUUUGAUGUCUAUCCAAAUUGUUGAAUACCGUUUGGAGUGUAAUACUAUGUAAUAGUAUAUUAUUAUUUGAAUACAUGUA